UCCACCCUCAAGAAUCACCGGCGCAUCCACACCGGGGAGAGGCCCUACGAGUGUCCUCAGUGUGGGAAGAACUUCUCCAGGAGCUCAAACUUGACCCAACACCAACAGAGCCACCAGUAAGGGAAGCCCUGUUUGCAGUGCGGACCCUGAAGUCCCUGCUCUGCCUAAUGCACUACGAGAAUGUGGUGGUGGCAAUGGAACGCAAGCGUGGCUGGGACAUGCUGCUCUGUGCAGACACCCACCACUAUGCUGUGGGCGUGCUGGCCAGAGAGAUGUCCUGUGUCUCCACACCCUUGCGUUCCCGGAUCGUUCGCUAUCUGCCCCGGCUGCUCCACACACAGGAGCCACACUGGGAUCUGCCUGCCCUGGCGUUCCUUGUGGAGGCCCUCAGCUGCCUGGACUUGAGUGAAGGCGGUCUUAACAGAGUCCUGAAAAUCUUGUCAAGGCACCUGCACAGCGAGCGCAGGGAGAGGCGGGACCUGGCACUCAGGGGCUUUCUGGAGCUCAUUGAGGAUUCUUCAAUGAUUAAUGGCAAGGUGCAGCUGGUGUCCAUAUUGCUCUUCCGAAAAUUAGUGACUGUUCUAACAGAAAAGGAUAAAAAGGCCCUAAAGACACACGUGUGCCGGAGCCUGCUCCUACUCUUCUUCCACUGCCACAAUGAGAAUUGGCUUGUUCUCAAGGCCUCUUGGGCAACACUGAUUGGUGUGGCCAAAUUCUUGAAGAGGGAGAAUCUUGAAAACCUAAUGAAGAAGAAGCUGAGGAUGUUUGCUGAGUGCCUGCUGGCAGAGGACAGGAGCCGAGCGGCCGAGCACCUGCGCCGGGUGCUGCCGUACCUGCAGAAGCCACAGGAGCCCUUGCGAGCGGCGGCCAUCAGGUUCAUGGGGACUGCCGCGGUGCUCAGGAGAGGGCAGCAGGAAGAGCUCCAGGUGCUCUGUGAGCCAUUCACGCCCUAAGGAAAGACACCAGUCUAUGCCUCAGUAAUCUGAAUAUUCAGGGGCAGUUUGCCAGAAGAGCUGAGGAAUUGGGUUUGUCUUCAGGACGCAGUGAAACAGUGUCCCAAGAACGCACCAGCAGCCACUGAAGAGGACACCACAGCCCACAAUGCCGCUGCAGCUCCAGGCACAGCUCAUGACUGGCACAGCUGAGCCUGUGGAACGCUCACGUUGCUUCAGCUCUUUCCCUCCCUUCUGACAGCUCCUUACCUCCAGCCUUUAGACCCUGGCCAUCCCCAUUUUUUCCCUCCCAGCUUAUCCCCUUUGCUUCGCCUUGCGUCAAUAAACAGUUUGGCUUCUUCA